AAGGACGUCUCAUUUUACUAAAAACAUAUUUCCUCGUUUCUUCUCUGCUCGCAUGGUUUCCUUGGGUCUCUCCGAGCAUCCCGGUGUGAGGGACUAACACACAAAUGAGGGAAAGGGAUGCAGUUAAGAGACUCGGGAUGUUUCCUAUUUCUGUCUCCUAUUCGCACGCGCGGAACAGAGAUUCAGGUGCACCAGUUGUUGCCUGAGCUGCAGCAUGCUAGUCUGCUCAGCCCGGUUAGCCAAGCUCCUUUAGUGUCGCUUUCCCGGCUCAUUACUGCGAAAAUGGGCGAUUAGUGUCAGACUGUAUGCCGACAUUGCUCAGCUAAAUUCGGGUAUGUCUGUGACAACACUUCAAACAUGUCAUUUACGAAGACGAGUCCUUCUCCCCACCGCGUCCAGGCAGCCUCUCACUGUAUUAGUACAAACGCCCCUUGGCUCGGGUUGUGGGUUGCCAGGUUGCGGUGACAGAUGGGUUGAAAUUGUAUGGAUUGUGUUUCAUAGACGAUCUGGCAACUUGGGUAACGUCAGACAAACGUCCAUAAUUUGGAUCCGUAUAUGACGAUUAUUCAUAAUAAAGUUUGAGGGCCAUGUAAGUAAGCCGGGAGAUGGCCCUGGCAGGUUUAGAUAUGGGCUGUUUUUCGGUUUUUGUCCUGGCUUCACUGAGUCCUGCAAAAUGUCCUUCUUUCUGGUGUUAUGGAAAUGGCCACCCUACGGCAGACUUGUGAAGACUCUCACACAACUUCAUAUUGACACAACCAGACUCUCAAAUUUGGAGAAUUCAACUUUAAAACCAAGAAAACUGAAGUGACUGACUGGCAGGCUGUGACUAUCUACAGCUGGUGCACAGAGAUAAGUCUGAAAAUCAGAGUAGUGGCCCCUGUGACCUAAAUAUUAAAUAGUUUCUGUUCUAAUAGAUCAUACAACUGGGGCAUUGUUGUUGUUGUUGUUGUUGGCACAUGUAAUGUUACUAAACCACAAGCCGCUAGCUAUGCUUUUAGCGUCACAUUCUGGUUUAACAUUACAGGUAUCAGCUGCCAGGUAGCACAGGUACUUCCCAGAUGAUUAGUUUGGAAUAAAUGUUUUUAAAUUUCCAAAAUACGAUUGAUGCGGAGUGCCCAAUACUGAGGAAACAUAAGGACCUUGCAAAAUAUCUAACUAUUUAAAAAAUAUAUAUAUAUUUCCUGCAUCUUAUCAUGUAUUACAUAAUGUAGUCCAUCUGGAACACACCUAUAACCUGGAACCUUUCUACCUUGGAGUUGAAAUUUCAAUGACUCAUACAUUUAUGAGUAAAUGUGAUAUUGAAAACGAGCAGUUCAUUCCUGCUUUUUCUACAUUUCUGUAUAAAGAAUUCAUUUAAGUAUUUUUGUUUUUCAAAAGUAGCGUAUUAUUUUAAAAAUUGAUUACAGCCACAUACACUGAAGUAACCCUUCUCCACAAAGCAGUUAGGUUCUUUCCUGGAUACUUAAGAGGAAUUAUAAAGUAACUUCCCCUUCAUACUGUUUUCUAAACAAGAUAUAAAAAGACUUAAUCAUAUGGUAUUAGUGCUUGUAUAUUGCAUAACAAACCUACAGAGGCAUGAUGGGUAUAUGCAUAUGCCUACCGUGAGACCUCAAAAUAGGGAGGAUUUCGAAACCAAAGUGGAGGGUCUGUGGGUCCUCCGCCAGAAAAAAAGACUUUGUUUCCUGCAUUCUGGUGACUUUUAAAGAUAGAAUAGAUAGAAUAUAAAUUUAAAAAGUACAUUGCAACAUCAUUUUUAUGUUAAAUACUUUCAAUUUUGCUUUUAAUUCUUAGGAAACAAUACAGAAUAUCUCGCCCCUCAAUUGUGAACUUGUAAGUAUGUGAUCCCACUCAUUCUUUUCUGCUGUGCUGUGCUGGAAUGCAUCGACUUACAAAUGCAGGAAAGAAACUUCAAAACCAAAAAUGCACAGUCACUGCACACAAUGGCAGCUACAAUCCUUGUAACUGAAUCACUUCAUGCUCCCCUCACUUUAUCCUUGUUGCAUUUCCUGGAUAUAAAUCACUGUUUCCUAAUACGAGUUUCAUGACUACAAACAUUGCUUGUUUGAGGAUAUGACUAAGUGUAGGAGUGGACUUUGGCACGUUCUUGGUAAAUUACGAGGAUUACUUUACAUGACAUCAUGCAACUGAAGGGAAUAAAACUGCCUUUUUAUUAUUGAAGUGAAAAGUUCUUGGUUUAGCAAGAACUGAAUUCACCAACAUGAUUGUCAUACUGCCAAGGGUGAAAAGUAGCUAACUAGUAGCUAACCCAAGGCCAUGAUAAAGCCUUGUUGGACAGAAACAUCAGGGUUAAUAUCAAUCCGCAAUUGUUUCCUGUUUGGAAUUCAUCCCAAACUAAAAUACGCUGCUGAAACCUUAUUUUUUACAUACAGAAAAUUUGCAAUUAUCGGCUGGAAACUACUCUCAAACCAAUGUGGUAUAACUGAGGACAGGCUGAUUUGCCAGGGAAAUGGUAUAGACUCAUCAACACUUCAAAGAUCUGACUAGGAUAUGAAUUUGCAAAUGAGGAUGUAAGGUAUCAUAGAGUAUAGUAUUUGCUCUGUGCUGUACUAAGUAACAUUUUAGCACAAGUGACUCAUUGGUGCUGAGAAGCCUCUGGGAUUUGUUUCUACUACAUUUUUUUCAUCUUGUUACACUGAACCUGCUGUAAGUUUGUGAUCAUGUUUACCAUCGUGAGAAUUUGUUUAUGAUCUAACUCUGCGGGGGAAAUGAUGUUAAACCUCGAAACACCAGAAGCUGUCAGUGCACAGUAUGGGGACUUCUGCUUCUGGGAUUUUUUUCUGACCACCUGAUAUUACUGGAUUUGUUUCACAGAAGUACAGUAAGUACUCAACUUACUGGUCUUUACAGAUACAGGUAAUAUUAACAUUUAGAGGAAGGCAGUGUGAGUCAAUGGUUUUUAAAUGAGGUUGAAAUAAGUCUAGGCUGCCUUUUGCUUCUCAGAAUUUCUGCCCAUUGUUACAGCACAAUAACCAUUUACAGUACACUGUUAUCUCCUGUAGUCUCACUAAUUGAUUUCAGUAAUAAAAUAGUCCUGCUAUCUUAUGAAUAUUCAAUAAGAAUAUAUUUGACCUUGAUAGUCCAGCAUCAUAAAUAUAGUCAGUUUUCAUAUUUUCUCUGUUUAUUCCUUCUAAUUAGAAGCUGAUACAUUUGCUUUAAAGGUGCAGUGUGUAAGAAUUGAGAGUACUCUCCGCCAGUCAAAUUCAUACUCCACAAAAAUAGGGAGCAGAAUAUCACAUAUCAGGUCAUAACUGCUGCUAACUGCAGUCAGCUAGAUAGCUCAGUUAGCUGUGCAGCCAACUUAGAGGUCCUAGCACAGGAGCUUUGGACCACUGGGAGGAAAAGCUUUUCAGGCCCGGGGUAGGGGGGACACAGCGGAGAAUGCUGGCGGGCCCUGGAAUGGGCUCAGCAGCCUCCCAGUGAACCCGGCCAGACGGAGACCGACGGAGGCCAGUUUGACGACAGGGAAUACAGUACCGAGGUGAUUUACUAAGGCUCCGACCAGGACACUGACUCCGGGGACGACGAAGAGGCGGGGACAGGAGAGGCGUCAAGCAGGAGAGGAGCAAGAGGGAGGUCGGGCAUCAGAGAGGCAGCGGCAGCGUGUAGAGCCAGAAUAUUUUCACAUCUAACUCUGUCUAUUAAGGAUAUAUUUUGACCAAACCAGAGUUGCUGAUUGUCGGAACAGUGGAAAGACUUAACCAAGAUAGUUUUGGUGAGUUUUAUUUUGUUCCUGUCAAGUUUGAAUGAAAUGUGUUUUACGAUGAGUUAACAAGUUCGGUGAAAGAGAGAAAUUUGAAUGCAGAAGGUGUACAGUUGUAUUUUUCUGUUUAAUAAGGAAAAUAGCCGUAAGAAUAUUUCCUUUCUUGACAUUUUGUGAGUUUAUUUUGUUUAUUUAUUAGACUAAGAGAACGGAAUAUUGCCAGGACGGGCCGGGGCUAGCUGGUUAGCAUGUUAACUUUAACACAAUACAUAGACGUCUUUGACAUAACGUCAAAACUGUUAUUUCUUCACAUUCUGUUGAUAAUUUGUUAAUUUUUGAAUGUUUUAUAUCUCUUAAAUUCUUACACAUUGCACCUUUUUAAAGCAUUAAUUCCCACAUUCCCAGAUUUUAUAUUAGUUGUGGUCAGCUACUUACGUAAAAGCACCACAGAGAAUUUCCCCCACCUCCCAUUAUAAUCUGUCUCUCUGUAAGUUUCACUUUAAGUCUGCUCUAUUUAAAAGACUGCUCAGAGGCAAAACUGAAAGCAUUCUCUGUACAGCAGUGGAAGACGAUGUUGCUUAUCCUGAUAUUUACCGGUUUGCUGAUUAAAGCUUCCACGUCCCAGAUCACUGGUUAUGGAAAUACAACAGCUGCCUACGGUGGGAAUGUGCACUACAGCUGCGCAGUAGCCAACCCUACAGGUGUGCUCCAGGUCACGUGGCAGAGGCUUUUCAAGGAUGAGUCUAUUGAGAAUUUGGCAACCUACAGCAAGCGCUUUGGACAGCAAGUAAAUGAACCUUACCGGGAGAAAGUGAUCUUCACAGAAGCGUCUCUCAACUCAACAUCCAUCACCCUGAUGAAUGUAACAUGGGAAGAUGAAAGCUGUUAUAUUUGCUCAUUCAAUGUGUACCCUGGUGGGUCCAAAAGGAAGCAGACUUGCCUCACAGUGCAAGGAAUAUCCGAGGUGAAAACACAUGUGCAACCUCCCACUGGUGGACAUGAGGAAGAAGACGCGAAGCUUGUGUUUAGCUGCUCUGCCACAGGUAAACCAGCUCCAACCAUUGAGUGGACUUUCUCACCUGGCGCCACCUGCUUAGAACAACCACAGACUUUUACAGUAACAAACAGUGACCACACAUAUACCAGCAGCCGCAACAUCACUCUGCAAGUACCUCCAGACUGGAAUGGACAUGUGGAUUGUCUGCUGAACAAUAGAGUGACGGGAGAAAGACGGGAGAGGAUCCCUUUUUCUUUACGUGAUGGGCAUAAGAAGAAGGAAGAGAAGGGGAAGGGGCUGUCUUCAUCGGGGAUUGCUCUUGUAAUUGCUACUGUAGUUUUUAUUUUCGGCAUCCUUGUUGCUGCUGCAAUCAAGCGAAAAAGGUUAAAGGGCAUCGGAAGAACUAAUAAUGUUUAAUGAGCAUCGGUAAUGUUUGGCCUUAUUGUGACUAUGGCUAUUCAAGCUUGCAAGCAUUAAAAAAAAUCUGCAUGUUUUGCAUUUAAACUUUAAAGAUAUAACAGUGAAUUAAGCUAAAAGCUAUCCAAGAUCCACUUUCCAUAGGUAGUUUUCACAAAACAAAAUGUAGUAUUGUGUUAUGAAAACUACCUGUCCAGUGUUUCUUUUACUCAGCAAAACGCGUGUUCAGGCUUUGUAGAGUGUAAAACUGCAGGAACUAUGACCAAUGUCUUUCAUAGCAGUAUUACCAGAGUUGCUUCUUAACGUUGAGGUAAAACAAGUGAAGACAAGGAAGUGUCCUGUGGGAGGCAGUAAAGUCACAGACUGAGGCUACAGUGCCAUCUAGUGGGCUUUGUGGGGGAUAACAGAAACGUGGUUUAAAUUUGGAGGGAGUUUGAAUCAGAGUCAUGAACACAGUGGCACACAAGAUCACAAGUAGGCAGCAAAUAGGAGCUGAUUACUUGAUUAAUUAAUCUAUAAAGUUGACUUGUGAAUCAAUCAGGUAAUUAUUUUACCCUAAAAUGAGGAUAACUAUAUAUGUAUAACAUUUAAAUUAAAUAUUACAUAUUGCAUAAUAGAAAUAGUUUAUUUUCUGCAUAUUAUUUUGAGGUGGUAAUUUUGCACUUUUCUUGCACUUUUGCACUUUAAUGUUCAAUGUUUGUGUGUACUAAUGUUAUUUAUUGCUCAGUGGAGAUCCACAAUGACACACUGUAGUUGUGGUGAAGUGCCGUAUUGUUUUAAUCCCUGUCAAACACUGGAUUGUUAAACUGUGCAUUAUGGCCCUGGACCAAAAUCUCUAAUGCUCUGAUCUUUUAGUUGAUGUGUUUUUAAUAAUUUAUUCUCCGACGUUUUUCACGUAUGUAUUUAUUUUUGUUCAGCUGAUUAAAAUAUGAUGCUUUACUGUUACAAGUGAUUUCACUCGUGUACAGUGUUUUUGUUUCCCUUGAUUAUAUGUAUAUGAAGUAAAGCUCCUCGCAGCAGAACAAAAACUGUCAAAACUGGCUGCUGGACAAAAAAUAAAAGAUAUAGGCAAUGAGA